UGAUUCCCGAAGUCAGAACUCCGAGAAGUCAAAUCUCUCAACCAAGAGGUAGAAAAACAAAUUAAACCCCAAACCCUAGUUUCUCGUCGCAGAGAUUUCUGCUCGGCUCAUCACUUCUAGAUAUUCUCAUCUUUCCGUUUGAAGAAAUCUACAGAAUGGGAAGAGGAGCAGGUGGAGGAGGAGAUGGUGGCAUUAUUCCUGAAAAUGUACUCGAUGCAGUCAAUAGAAGCCAAUUAAACAUGAACGAAGUACAAAUCCAAUUCCUGGAAUUCUUAUCUCUGUAUGAACCAGAUGUUAUCGCUGAAUUACCACCUCUUUCUCAAGCACAAGCGCUUUUUAUUCUUGCAAAGGCUGCUUCAGUUCUGCUUACAGUGCAAUUGAGAUGUCAUGGUGUUCACCCUGAUGACCAUCCUAUCAAAUCCGACCUUGAAAGAUUAAGUUUGUACGAAGAGAAACUACAACGUUCUAUGGCGUUGAGUAAAGCACCAUUGCGCCCUUCUACUACCUUGAAUUAUAAGGCGGCAACACGUUUCAUCGAGCAUUCUCUUCCUGAUCUUUCUACAGAGCAGAGACAAAGUAUGAGGGAGAUCAGCAAAGGGAAGGGGGUUGCUAGGGGUAACACCAUCCCAAGGAAAAGGAAAUAUCAAUCAUCUGAGAAGCAGUCUGUCCGAUCUGCGGCUGAAGAAUUUCUUGAAAAAGCAAAGCGUGAGCUACUUGGCACUAAUCAUGGUGAUAUGAAAGGACCCCUGCGGAUAGACACUUUGGAGGAAGAUGAUGCAUAGGCAGGUUGUUUCUCUUCUUCUUCUUCUUCUUGUUUUUUUUUUUUGUUCAUUCAGGCUUUUGUAGUUUUGUGCUGCUUUUGCUUGGAUAGUCGUAAGGUGUAUUUUGAAGGCAUCCAAAGCUUUAUUUUGCUGUAAAUUAAUGGCAUUACUAAUAUCCUCGUGGAGAAGAACAUAGCCAAUUAGCAAUUGGCCGUAUUUCUGUCAAGAACACCUUAUGUGAAUGGUUUGAAAAACUUGUUAAAUGAAGUAUCAGUAUGACCAUCAAUGCAGUUUCUGUCUAUUGUGGAA